AAGGGAAAAGAAGGAUGGCACACGAACUGGAAAGUGGGAGUAAAGCAAAGGUAAGGUUCAGUUUUAAGUGCUUGUAAACAAAAAGGCUGUGGUAAUAUUAUCUGGAAAUGACCUUUGUAUUAUUCCCAUAUAACUUGUCUGUAAAUGUGUAUUGAAACAUGUCAUGGUAAAUGUAAUCUCACACUAAUGAUAUCAGUAAAAGCAGUCCUGCUGUAUACAGAAAUAGUCAACACCUGUAUCAAGAAUAUCAAAGCAUGCUGUUGUGAAAUGCAAGUCCAUUUUUAUUAAUUGCAUAAAGUAUGUAACUAAUUAUGUCAUAGUAAUCAUGUCAUAUUUUAUUCUGUUUCAGAUGGUUGUAUUGAGGGAUGGGGAUUCGGGAAGGGAUGACAGGGCGGAGGGCCACAGAGUCCCCGACUUUGUGGACCUGACAUCAAACAACGACCUGGUUGAUGCUUUCAAGACUGGCCAGGUCGUUGUUCGACAUGAAUCUGCUCCUCAACAGAGGGAUUGCUGUCGGCACUGCCACGCGAUCCCUCUGUUGCCGGACCAGAUUCGAGAGAUUGUUCGGCAGGAACUGGUUUCCUACACAGAAGAACUACACCGGAGGUUUGAGGGCAUGCUGAAGCAACAGCUGGCUGAAAUACUGCCAGGGUUGCUGGAGAGACAGGGAGAAGGCAGAGUCCUUGCCUCCCCACCUGUCUCCUCCUCAGCUGCCACCCCACUGCCUUCCACCCCUCCAGAGAUGCCAUCUACUGUUGGGGUGGGUGUUGCUUAA